CAGGAGCACAGUGAAACCGUCUCCUCCAUGUUAGCACCAGGAGCAGCUGAUCUAUCCUCCUCCCUGUCCCUGCUCCGCUCGGAGGGGCGGAGUCAGGGCGCUGCGCAGCUUUAAACAGAUGCGCUGCGUUCAGCGGCGGAGCGGAGCAGAGCGGCGGAGACACCCGGACACAGCCGAGCCGAGCCGAGCCGAGCCAAGCGGAACCGAACCCAGCCAUGACGGCGCCCAGCGACUCGUACGAUGUGAUAGUGGUCGGCGGAGGGAUAUCAGGGUUGAGUGCAGCCAAGCUGUUGAAAUCUCAUGGACUGAACCCUGUGGUGCUGGAGGCCAGGAAUCGAGUCGGUGGUCGAACCUUCACUGUGCAGAAUAAGGAGACGAAGUGGGUGGAUCUGGGCGGGGCUUACAUUGGACCGACUCAGAACCGCAUCCUCCGAUUGGCCAGAGAAUACAACAUAAAGACGUACAAAGUCAACGAGCAGGAGAGCCUGGUGCAUUAUGUCAAAGGAAAGUCGUACCCGUUCAAAGGCUCCUUCCCUCCCAUGUGGAACCCCAUCGUCCUGUUGGACUUCAACAACCUGUUCCGGACGAUGGACGAGAUGGGCAAAGAGAUUCCCAGGGAGGCUCCGUGGAGAGCUCCUCACGCGGAGGAGUGGGACAAGAUGUCCAUGCUGCAGCUCUUUGAGAAGAUCUGCUGGACCAGUACCGUUCGUCGCUUCGCCACAUUGUUCGUGAACGUGAACGUGACGUCUGAGCCUCACGAGGUGUCGGCGCUGUGGUUCCUCUGGUACGUGAAGCAGUGCGGAGGAACCAUGAGGAUCUUCUCCACCUCUAACGGGGGACAGGAGAGGAAGUUCGUCGGCGGCUCCAGUCAGAUCAGCGAGUUCAUGGCGAAGGAGCUUGGCGACGGCGUGAAGCUGCAGUCUCCGGUUUACAGGAUCGACCAGAGCGGAGACCUGGUGGUGGUGGAGACGCUGGACAAACAAACCUACACGGCCAAGUACGUGAUCGUGGCGACGCCUCCCGGCCUGAAUCUGAAGAUGCACUUCAACCCCGAGCUGCCGCCGCUCAGGAACCAGCUGAUCCACCGCGUCCCCAUGGGCUCCGUCAUCAAGUGCAUGGUUUACUACAAGGAGAACUUCUGGAGGAAAAAGGGUUACUGUGGCAGCAUGGUGAUCGAGGAGGAGGACGCUCCUAUUGGCCUGACGCUGGACGACACAAAGCCUGACGGGAGUGUCCCUGCGAUCAUGGGGUUCAUCCUGGCCCGUAAGUGCAGGAAACUCUCAGGACUGACCAAGGAGGAGAGGCUGAAGAAGAUCUGUGAGAUCUACUCCCGAGCGCUGGACUCAGAGGAGGCUCUGCAUCCGGUUCACUACGAGGAGAAGAACUGGUGUGAGGAGGAAUAUUCUGGAGGCUGCUACACAGCUUACUUCCCCCCAGGGAUCCUCACCCAGUACGGGAAGGUGCUGAGGGAGCCGGUGGGACGGUUGUACUUCGCUGGGACGGAGACGGCCACAGAGUGGAGCGGCUACAUGGAGGGAGCGGUGCAGGCCGGAGAGAGAGCGGCCAGAGAGGUCUUGUGUGUCAUGGGUAAAAUCCAGCAGAGUCAGAUCUGGCAGACGGAGCCUCAGUGUGUGGAAGUUCCCGCUCUGCCCUUCGUCACCACCUUCUGGGAGAGGAACCUGCCGUCGGUCGGCGGCCUCCUCAAGAUCACAGGAGUCUCCGCCUUCCUGGCUGUUGCCACGGCAGCGGGCCUCGUGGCCUACAAGAAGGGCCUCCUCCCCCGGAGCUAGAGCGCUCACGCUCCUCUGCAUCUCGGGGGGUGGGGGGGGCAGAUCUCAACAGACACUGUACUCGAGCUCUUCUAGUGCACUGCUUCAUGUUCGGAGUGGUGACCUGUGUAGGGUAUAGGAUGUUAUUUGAGAAACGCCCGGUCGUAACAGAGACUGAUGAGCUCAUGCACCGCCGAGCACAAACGAGAGAGGGAGAGAAACAGAAAGAUUAAACGUAAAGAGACGAGAGAAGAAGACUCGACCUCGUCAGAAAAUCAGAUUGGAAUCAUGAAACUAAUGAAGGAAACGAAUCAAAUGAGAAAUAGAUAUAUAACAUAUAUAUAUAUAUAUGAUGAUUAAUGUUCCACACAUUGCCAAUGACAUUCCCAUUGAUCACAUCAGAGUUUAUUAUCUGUGUGUGUGUGUGUGUGUGUGUUGUGUGUGUGUGUGUGUGUCUGUGUGUCUGUGUGUGUGUGUGUGUGUGUGUGUGUCUGUGUGUGUGUGUGUGUGUGUGUGUGUGUGUGUGUGUGAUUACCUCUGAUGAUUAUCGGUGCUGAUUCUUCUGGACGAGCAGCUGAAGCUGUUCCACUCACGUCACAUUCAAACACUUGUUUUCACGAUAUUAAAAACCACAGCGGAGGAUAAAGAUGAGGUGAUAUUUUUAUUGUUUUUAUUGUGAACUCGUCAACAGACAGAACUCAGCAGCUCAUUCAUCUCAGAAUCGAGUAUCGUCCUCUCAGAGAUUCAGUGUUUUCAGACGUUAAAAACACGUCUGCUGUGUUGGAUGUUGAUUUGACAUCAGAUCCUCUUCGUCCUGCUGCUGUAAAAACUCCAUAAAAACCCCGACUACGUCAAAGUGUGUUCGACUGAAGCCUCGUGAACUUGUGCAGAUUUGUGACGUGUGAACCGAAGUGACCUGUGCAGUUGUUUGUAUUUUAAUGUUGGAGCGACUCCAUGAAAUCCACUUCCUGGUUUUAUCUCAUUGGACGAAGCGGAGUCACACGCCCCCUCGAGGAAAAACCUCCUCUUCAACACGUUGAGUCAGUUUUACUUCUGAAAGCAGAGAUCUGCCUCCGAGGCCUUCACGGGUUCAACAGAACCGUCGCUGUAGUUUAUUUUAAUUGAAUCCCUCCAACAGUUUCCAGCUGUUUGAGGAAAUCAUUUAACAUUCUACAUGAUCGGGUUAAAGAGACAUUAUUAGUUUUUAUGGGAUUAGUUUACUUUCACAAAAACAACAUAAACAUAUUUAAAACCUAUGAGAAUAUUUCCAGCUUUAUUUUUCAAGUUAAAUCUGUAUUUAUCGCUGUAAUAAUAACUCAUAUUAAACGUCAUUUAACAGCUGAACGUUCCUAAACCUGAAGGAAGUGAGGAUUCCUGUCGUUUCACUUGUUCACGUGAAACUCUUCGAAACACAAAUACACAGAGAAUUAAUACAACUAAACUUAUUUUACUUUUCUAGUUUGAAGCCACAUUAAUAUUUUAAACUAAACUUUACAGCUGAUGGACGAACAAAUGUUUAAACUUAGGUUUUAUCCACUUUGUUAGAAUUUGAACGGCGUCUCGCGUUGAGUCUCAAUCAGCUGAAACAUCUUAGAGAGUUUCUACAUCUGAAGGUCGUCCUGUGUUCGAGAGAAUCCACUGUUCCAAAGAUGUGUGUGUGUCUGUGUGUGUGUGUGUGUCUGUUAGUGUGUGUGUGUGUGUGUCUGUUAGUGUGUUUGUGUUUGUGUGUAAUCUGUUGUGCCUUAUUGGAAGUCGUGAUGUUUUUCGUGUUUCCUCUCAAGUGCCUGUGUGACUCUGACACGCUCCGCCCUUUGCUCCUCCCCCUCCUUGUCCCGCCUGCACUGGAGGUCAGAGGUCAGAUCGACCAGGUUGCUGGUUUAAAACCUGUUUUACCUGAGUUAUAUUCCAUCGUCCAACCAUCACAGAAAAUACACUAAAUAAUCUCAGAGAAAAUAUUAUAAAAAAUAAAUACUAUGCUACUUUCAAAAUGACUUUAGAAAAUGAAUCUGCUAACAUGGAGGAGGCGGGGCUUAUGAUGCAGCCAGCCACCAGGGGGCGGUGCAGAGGUUUUGGCUUCAUGUUUGGAAGCCGUCAUAUCGUCCAUCUUUGUCUUUAUUUACAGUCUUUAGCCAAAACUGUGUCGUCUGUGAUCAGAUUGUUGAAUUUGUCAAACUGUUGAUCUCCAGUGUGUGAGUGUGUGUGUGUGUGUGUCUUGUGUUUGCAGUGUGUCUUUGUCUCUGCUUGUUGUGCGAUGACCUCAUGUCAGCUCCGACUUCACCCCCUCGCCUCUUUUUCUACUGGUUUUCUUCUCACAGGAGCAGAAGCAGACGUCCUGAACCACAGAACUCGAACAGAACUCGAACAGAACUCGAACAGAACCGUCCUCCCGUGUGUUUAAUCGUCCUCCGUCCCUCGUGUCUUUCUGUGUAAUUGAGCCUCUUGAUUCUUCCUGUGUCUCGUUGAUGUCUAUGAUUCCUCAAACAAAGCUGGUGAUAUUUAAAAAGAAAGAAAUGUGAAAUAAAUCUUUUCCUCGUAUGAA